UGGCAGCGGCGGGGAGAGCAAUGGAGGCCGCGGGCGCCUAAGAGCUGGCCGCGCUGCUGAGGCUGCUGCUGCGGAGGCUCCGCGGGCUGAGACGUUCCCGGGACGCUCGUGGUCCGUCAUCGCUCCCACCACCGUGGCGCCCCGUGAAACCGCAGUUCCCAAGGGCCGUGAUUCCCAGGCUGUCUCAGUGCUGCACCCCAGUUCCUGACGAGCAUACCCCCAAGGGUGGGUCUGCUUUUCUACAAGAAGAAAAGUUUGGCGGAGAAUUAUCCAGCAGCAAUAGGAUUUGUGUUCCUUCAUAACGACAAGAAGAAGGGAGGCAGAUUCCAGCCUUUUAAGAAGUUGUUUGGCAAAAAGAAAAAGAAGAGCUCCCCGCUGUCUGAGGAGUCAGCCGGGAGGCAGAGGCAGACCCACACUCCCUGGAGUGCAGGCAAUGGGACCUUCUCUUCGGAUGAGGAGACCCAGGAGAACAGUCUGAGGUCCUUCAACUAUUCUAUGGGAGCCCGGGCGUUCUCCCAUGACAGUAUUUUUAUCCCUGAUGGGGGAGCAGAAAAUGAGCAGACAGUUCAAGCAAUGUCACAGGACAACAUCCUGGGCAAAGUCAAAACUCUUCAGCGACAGUUGGGCAAGAAUAUCAAGUUUGGGCAGCGGCCGUCUAACGCCAUUCCCAUGAAGAAGGCAGGCAGUGCAGACGCUAGCUCAGAUGAGGACUUCUUCCUGACCAGUCCCAUGGAAAUUGUGACUCAGCAGGACAUUGUCCUCUCAGACACAGAGAACAAACCCAGUGAUACGCCAAGUUCCUCCAGCCCUCUGAAUCUACCUGAAGCCGGAAGUGAGAUGGAAGAGAAGGUUGCUCCAGUUAAACCCUCGCGGCCAAAAAGGCACCUCCCUUCUACUGGCACCAUUGAAAGUGUCAACCUCGACGCCAUCCCCCUGGCCAUUGCUCGUCUGGACAACAGUGCUGCCAAGCACAAACUCUCUGUUAAGCCAAAAAACCAGAGGGUGUCAAGGAAGCACAGGUGGCUUGCCCAGGAUCGCCAGAAUGUGCCAGGCAGCUUCGAGAGCCAGUCCUCCGUGGACCAGAACGGCCAGCCAGGAGAAGACAGGCACAUUUGGCAUGAAGAGGAACCAGAGCCUCUAGAGUCCCGUGAAGACAAAAGACUCCAGGAAGAGUAUUGGCGGGAACUUGAAGCCAAGUGCAAGCGGCAAAAAGCCGAAGCUGCGGAGAAGAGGCGCCUGGAAGAGCAGAGGCGGCAGGCGCUGGAGAGGAGGCUCUGGGAGGAGAACCUCCGCCAGGAGCUGCUGGAGGAGGAGGAAGGCGAGGAGGAGGACCUGCAGCUAGAGGCGGCCAAGGCACCUCCAGGGCAAGCGUCAGGUCUGGAGGAGCAGGGAUGUGCAGAGCAAGUGCUGGGGAAAGCCGACCACCCCGAGGCGGAAGGGCGCCAGCAUGGGCAGGAAGAGGCCGAGAGGCAGCAGGAGAAACUGAGGCAGGAAGAGGCCGAGAGGCAGGCGGAGAAACUGAGGCAGGAAGAGGCCGAGAGGCAGCAGGAGAAACUGAGGCAGGAAGAGGAGCUGAGGCAGUCGGAGAAACUGAGGCAGGAAGAGGCUCAGAGGCAGGAAGAGGAACUGCGGAAGCUGGAGGCCCAGAAGCAGGAGGAGAAACUGAGGCAACUCGAGGCCGAAAGGCAGGAAGAGGAACUGAGGAAGCUGGAGGCCCAGAAGCAGGAGGAGAAACUGAGGCAGCUCGAGGCCGAGAGGCAGGAAGAGGAGCUGAGGAAGCUGGAGGCCCAGAGGCAGGAGGAGAAACUGAGGCAGCUCGAGGCCGAGAGGCAGGAAGAGGAGCUGAGGAAGCUGGAGGCCCAGAAGCAGGAGGAGAAACUGAGGCAGCUCGAGGCCGAGAGGCAGGAAGAGGAGCUGAGGAAGCUGGAGGCCCAGAAGCAGGAGGAGAAACUGAGGCAGCUCGAGGCCGAGAGGCAGCAUGCUCAGGAGGAGGAGGAGGAGGCGGCCGAGCACACGGAAGAACUGAACGGGCGGGCAACGCUGGCACCGCAGGUGGACGAAGGCCCCCAGGGUCCAGAAGGAGAGGGCCAGGCUCCGCUAGCCGACGACGCGCAUCAGCAAAGCCCCCUGCAGCAGGACCUCGAGAAGCCAGAGGAACAAGGAAACCUGGACUCCGCGGGACAGGGAGAGAUGGCCCAGGAGCAGGAGGAAGCCGCCAAGGCGGCCAGCGAGCCGGCAGGGCAGAGGGGAGACUCGAGCAUGGAGUGCGGUGGUGUAGACGCGGAAGAGAGGGAAGCCACCCAGGUAGACAUCCCCCUGCCGCAGGAGGAGCAGAUGGGCGCGCCGCCGGCCUCAGAGGACAAGAACGAAGCUGUCGCUGCGGAUAACGACCGGAAGGUGGAGGAGCUCCGGUGGCAGGAGGUAGACGAACGGCAGACCAUGCCCCGGCCCUACACGUUCCAGGUGUCCUCCGGGGGUAGGCAGAUUCUCUUCCCCAAAGUCAACCUGAGUCCGGUGACUCCCGCCAAGGACGCGAGCCCGGCCCCGCUGGCCCAGGACCCGCCGGCGCCCCGCGGCGCCGCCGCACACGGCCUGCCCUCGGCGCUGAGCAUCCCGCACACAGCCAUUCUGGUCACCGGAGCGCAGCUGUGCGGCCCGGCGGUCAACCUGAGCCAGAUCAAGGACUCGGCGUGCAAGUCCCUCCUGGGCCUGUCAGAGGAAAAGCGGCCGCCGGUGGACGUCCCCGCGGCGGAGGGCAGGUCCGGCGGCAGCAAGGCCAGGCCUCCCCCGGAGUCGCCGAGCAAUGCCGCCGCGCUAGCCGAGUGGGCCUCCAUCCGAUCCAGGAUCCUGAAGAACGCGGAGGGUGACCAGCGUGGUGACAGGGAGCCGGCCAGAGCCGGGGACGAGCCCGCGCCCCGAGCGCGGUGCGAUUCCCGAGGGAACGUGCGCAGGACGCCGCCAGCCAACGCCAAGUUCUCCAUCAUGCCCGCCUGGCAGAAAUUCGCAGACGGCGGUGCGGAGAUCUUCAGACAGAGCCUGGAUGGUGAAGGCGUGAGGAAAAGGCUGGGCUCGGCAGUGGGCGAAGAGACAGCACCCCAGCCUCCGCCUGCUGCGACCCCGGAGCCUCGGAAGAGCCUGGAGAAGCAAGAGGUGAGCCAGGAGCCACCAGACACCACUGACGGAUGCAAAUUUGCCAAAGACCUUCCAUCUUUCCUCGUCCCGGGCCUGCCUUCUCCGCAGAAAGCUGCUUCCCGCACAGGGUCCACGACCACUUCGGACAGCGAGACCACGAGUGACAUAGACCCUGUGGUGCCAGGAGGUGAGGAAAAGGCCUCGCCCUUCGGUAUAAAACUGAGAAGGACCAACUACUCCUUGCGCUUCCACUGUGACCAGCAGGCCGAACAGAAGAAGAAGAAGAGACACAGCAGCGUGGGAGACGCUGUGGAUGGUGGCACCCCCGCAGCCGGAGGCGACCCUGGAGAGAGAGAGCCCGAAGCGGUGGCCCUCAAGCAUGGCGCAUCCCUUCCCCAGGAGAAGAAGCCAGCCCUAGCCCCUCGGAGGGACUCUGCCGAAAGCUCUGCUAGCGGUCACUCUAUUACUGCAGCCCAGUCGGGGCUACCACCAGCCGACAGCCAGGCCCCAGUCCCAGAGCAGAACAAGGCAGCAAGCAAAACACCACCAAUGCAGAAGCCGGCCCUCGCUCCCAAGCCCACCAGCCAGACUCCACCAUCAUCCCCACUCUCCAAACUGAGCAGACCCCACUUGGUAGAGCUGCUUGCUAGGCGGGUUGGGAAGGUGGAUUCCGAGCCAAGCAAGGAGAGCAGUGAUAACCAGCCACCCUCACCAUCCCUGCCAGAGGAGCCGAAGGGGCCGAAGAGGGAUGAGGAAGCGGUGCCAGAAAAGAAACUCGCUUCCCCACCUCUGUCAGCCAGCCAGCAAGAGAGACCUUCGCUAACUUCGGAAACAGGUAGAAAAGAGAAGCCCAUGUUGCAGAGCAGGCACUCUUUAGAUGGCUCCAAAUUAACAGAGAAAGUUGAAACUGCUCAGCCGCUGUGGAUAACGUUGGCACUGCAAAAGCAAAAGGGGUUUCGCGAGCAGCAGGCAACUCGAGAGGAGAGGAAGCAAGCCCGGGAGGCCAAACAAGCAGAGAAACUCUCCAAAGAAGCUGCCAGUGUCAGCCCACAGCCUGGAAACAGUCGAGGGAGCAGAGCUGGUUCCCUGCACAAGUCUGCCACUCCAUCAGAAGAGAAGAAGCCCGAAACUGCCGUGUCCAGGCUCCAGCGCAGAGAACAGCUGAAAAAGGCUAACACUCUUCCCACGUCCGUGACAGUGGAGAUCUCAGACUCGGCACCCCCGGCACCGCUGGUAAAAGAGGCCCCCAAAAGGUUCUCCACCCCAGAUGCUGCCCCGGUGUCCACAGAACCCGCCUGGCUGGCUUUGGCCAAAAGAAAAGCAAAGGCCUGGAGCGACUGCCCACAGAUCAUUAAGUAAACAGUGACUCUUACCACUUCUGUGGCCAUUUGCUGGCUUUUCUCUUGCCCUUUUUAUUUAUUUAUUUUUUAUAUGAGGUAAAGAAACCAAGCUAGGGAAAAGAAGCAUGUUUUAUAGGCUCUAAAAUAAUGUCUAGAAACGGAACUGGUGGUGUUCAUUGUAAAGAGUGUAUUUGCACAAUCCUGGGUCCUGGUGCCUUGAGCUCCCCCUAGUUCUCAAGAGACAGUUUUGUCUGAGGGACCACAUGAAGCAAAGUCUGCAAACGAGAGCUCAGGAGAGCCUGCUAUGCCCACCCAUGGCCUUCACACACAUGUGCACACCCAUGCACCAUUGCAGAACAUACCCUUUUGCCAAUCUUUGUAAGUUUUUCUUCCUUUUUGAUUCUCUACUCUUCUAUCCAAAACAUUUACCCUACUGUGUUUGCCUAUGUAACAGUGACAGGUUCACAUGUACAUAAAACACGGUGUCACUCUCCCGAAUGCAGUGACUGGAGAAUAAGGAAAAGCUGGCCCCCAACUCUGUGCCUGUGUCUGGUUUUCCCAACCCUAUAACCACAACAUAGCAAAUCCAUUCACAUUCAUACUACACUAGAUCCAUGGUGUGCCCUGUCAUACCAGUACCCUCUUUAAAGACACAUGGACCAUUUGGCCUCGCUGGCUCCUAAGGAACAUAUCUAGUCUGGUGAAUAAAAGGUGAUGCUGUGCCAGAGUUGUCUCUGAGAAUCCCCAUGUAAUGAGUGCUGUCCAGCAGCCCAGGCUGCACUCCCAGAUCCUGGGAGCACUGGGCUUAGAAUACAGAUCUUAGGAAAAACUCUUCAGAUGAAUUCUGGUAUAACCCAAAUGUUUUAAGAACCUUGGGGUAUAAUAACUCUGGUAUAAUCUAGCUUUUCACACCAGGAAGAGAAGGCCUGUCCACCCAAAGAUGCAAAAGUGAGACAAGAAAAUGAAACCAUCACCCAAACCAGCCAUUUAUGUAUGAUAGUUUAGGUUGCUGGCAUUUCAUGCCUCUGAAUUUCCCUUUGGCCUUUAGGGAAAAUGAAUAAGCCAAGAUGUGUAACCUAUUUCUACGAAGGACUUCCUGCAGAGAAUUUUUUUCCUUUAUUGUACUUGAAUAAUUCAGAGUCGAAUGUUCCAAAGCAUUUACAAUUUAGAGCAUUCACCUUGAUACCUUUAAAAAAAGAUGCAUCUCAGAGUUUUAUGUGGCCUUGUAUCAUUCACAUGUGCACACGAAGAAGGGACUUGGCAGUUUCAAAGCCACGUGUAUGUUUAUUUCUCUAGAUUUGCUUUACAUGACACUAGACAUACCAGCAAAUGCCUACACCCUGCUGGUACUCACUUUGUAUUUCCUGGUGUUGGCAUAGUUUCCUUGUAUAGGUGCAGAUUCAUUCUUUGCCCAGUGCAGGGUAUUUGCAUCCCUUUCCUCCCACACUAACACAUUUUACAGCAUCCAUCACGACUUCCUCUGUGCUUACUCAAUAUGCAAUGCGCUGUUAUUCUGUCAGCCCUGCAGGACGACAGGGAUGCUGUUUACCAUAUAGAAUCAUUUUCUCUCUAGCAACAGUGGCUCUGCUUCAUGAAGCAGAUGGCAUGUGUGGUCAAGUGGAUAGCUGUACUACUGCAAGUCGGAUUUAGUAUUAUAUAUUCUGGACCUUCAGACUGUUAAGAAUCAAUGUACCUUUUUUGUUGUUGUUACUACUAUUGUAAGCAACUAAUAUUCCACUGCACGUUUCCCACACUGGUAUUUUCUAAAUCUUAUGUGUAGACAGUUGUUAGUUCAAUGAUUUCCUCAUGGGUAUAACACUAAUGAAUGGGAAUCAUCCCACUCAAAGCCCUAGAGUUACAGAAUGGGAAUCUUCCCACCCAAGGCCCUAGAAUUAUAGUGCCACAGUGAUCCUUGCAAACUGACUAUCUCUUCCAUCCUCUCAGUCAUGGCAGCAAAGAGGUACAGAAAUAAGAUGGCUAAGGAAGAAUAGGGCUGGGCAUGGUGAUGCAUGCCUUUUACCCUAGCAUUUGGGAGACAGAGGCAGGUAGACCCGUGUUUGAGGCUGGCCUGGUCUACAUAAUGAGUUCCAGGCCAGCCAAGGCUACACAGUGGAGACCCUGUCUUAAAACAAACUAGAGAAAUAGAUAGGUUCAUACUGACUCAACACCAUGAGCCCACACACAGUACAAGAAACAGCUUAGUUAGAAAUGCCCCACCGAUACCUUUAAAAGGAGAAUCUACUGAGGAAAGGGCAGUUAUCAUACUUGCUGAAGAGUACAUGUUUAGCAUUUCAUUUACAAGUCACCCCAAACCUGCACUUAAUACCAAUGAAGUGUUAUUCCGCUUUAGUGGCAUUGCACUUGUCUGAGCAACAAACUAUGGGGAUGUUCUGUGGAAACAAAGUUCAAGACUUUUUCUUUUUAAUAAAUGACUGCUACAUUAAAUAUACAAGCUUUUUUUUUUAAAUUUAAACACUUCUUCUGGCAAGGUUAUAGGUGAUUAACCUCUGUUCAUAGACUUACAUAUGGAAGUAGAGUUUUUGGUUUACUUUAAAAAUGUUUCAAGUGCAAUUGUUUCUUAUAAAACAUGGUUGAUUACCAUUAAAUUCUCAUUUUAGCUGGUUACCUACAAAUAUAUAGUGUGUAUCCACCGUCUCUUCUUGUGAUGUUUAGUUUGCUUAUUUUAAAGCAGCAACAUUAGCUACAAGUGUCUUGCAAUAUUUUUACCAACAAUAAAAUUAAGUAGAUACUUAAUAAAAUUCCUUAGUGUGAUUUUAAUAUUAUUUUGAGAUUUUGGUUGUAUACAGUUUGAAUGUAAAAAAAAUGUCCAUUAUUUAAGGGAAAAGACCUUUCAAUAAAAUACUGACAAGACCUUUGGCACUGA